GUUGACCUCUCUUAUGUCAUAAAAUACAUAAACAUCCGAAACCAAACAACAUGGCUCGGCUCUUGAAGUCCGCGAAUCGUUUCCUUGUGAAGCCUUUAGUUGACCAAACAUCUUUCAUUUUGAAAUCUUCUUCGCGGUUAGCUCAAUCCUCUGCGCCCGAUGCCUCCGUUACGCCCAAUAAAUCGAACGAUCACGAAAAUACAGUCAUCAUAACCGACUCCUGUGUUAACAGACUCAAAAGACUCGGCGACGAUUCGAUCUUGCGUGUUUCCGUGGAAGGCGGCGGUUGUUCGGGGUUCCAGACGAAAUUCGACCUUGUUGAAACCAUCGAAAGUGAUGACAAGGUGUUUGAGAAAGAUGGUGUGAAAGUCAUCAUCGACAGCGAUUCUCUAUCGUUCUUGACGGGUUCCACUAUAGACUACGAAGAAGAGUUAAUUCGCAGCUCCUUUACUGUUGCUAAAAACCCGCAAGCAGACCAAAGUUGUUCCUGUGGAGUUUCUUUCUCACUUAAGGACCUCUGAAAUUACAGCACAACACAACACAGCAACUGUUAUAAAUUUAACCAAACAGAAAACUUUACAAUUAAUACCACCUAAA